AUGAAGUACCUGGUGUUGGCCGCAUUGGUUCUACAAGCGCUAGCCUCUCAUCACAGUACCGAUCCCGAGAAGGAUGCCGCCCAUCAGAAGGGAGGUGAACACGAUGCCAAGUACGAUCAUGACCAGUUUCUUGGUAAGGACACUGCGGCUGAAUUCGAUGAGCUCACACCAGAAAAGUCAAAGGAACGACUAGCAAAAUUGAUUCCAAAAAUGGACGCUGAUGGUGAUGGCUUUGUUGAGGAGAAAGAACUCAGGGAACACAUCAACUUCAUGCAGAAGAGAUAUGUGAAUAAUGACGUUGAACGCACCUGGAAGAACUACAAAGACGACAAGAUCGUUGACGGCAAGAUCAAGUGGGAAGACUACCGAGAGAUGGUCUAUGGAUCACCAACAGGUGAAGGACAAGAGCUUUCUCCCGAAUACGCCAAGAUGAUUGCACGUGAUCAAAAGAGGUGGGCAGUCGCCGACUACGACUCCAAUGGUAUGCUUGACCGCACUGAAUACGGUUGUUUCAUGCACCCGGAAGACUGCGACCACAUGCGUGACGUCGUCGUCGCGGAGACCGUUGAGGAUAUCGACAAGAAUAAGGAUGGGUUCGUGGACUUGGACGAGUACAUUGGAGAUAUGUACCGCCCAGACGACUAUCCUGAGCUCAACGGAAAGGAACCCGACUGGGUCCAGUCUGAACGUGAAAUGUUCAAGGAACACCGAGACAAGGAUGGAGAUGGCAAAGCUUAA